AUGAAAAUAUUCCCACUGAUUCUGGUGCUGAUCUUCUUGUUCUUGAAGAUCGAAGCUCGGAAAGAAGAUCGAGAUGAUGAUUGUUCAGCUUCAGAAGAACGCCCACGAGAACAUCACAAAAAACAUCACAAGAAAAAGCGGACCACCACCACCACAACUACAACCAAAAGAGUCCCAAGUUGUCUGAAAGGCUGGACAGGUUUCACAAGAUCUGGCAGAACUUGGUGUAUCCGUGUGAUUGCUGGUGUUGAAAAUCAAGCUGGCGCUGAAACGCAGUGUAAUUUGUUGGGUGCGAAGUUGACGGGGAUUGCGAAUGCACAGGAGAGCCAGUUUCUACUGGGUGAGUUGGCUAGGCUUGAGGCUAACCCAAGGCUCAAGCCAGGCCGCUUCGCGGAAGCUCGCGCUUUACACUCGCGCAGAGCGCUCGGGCUUCCAGGCUCCACCAUACCUUCACCUUUCCAGCCCAAUCUCUCCCCAUCCUUCAAUCACUCGGCAAAACCGUCGGCUCAAUCUGGAUCGGCCUGGUCCGUCGGCCCGAAUGUCGCGGCUACCUCAAAUCCCUAUUCGCUCCCUGUAUUCGUGGUGCUGGAUUCAUGUGGACAGAUGGUGUGGUAACCGACACAUCUACCAUCACCUGGCGAGCAACAACACCGGAUAAUAUCGGGUAGGCCUAGGCCCACUGAAGCCCACUAAAGCCUAAUUCUAUCCCUUCCAGAUGGACUCAAAAUUGUGCGCGAUUACACGUGGGUUCGAGAGCCUAUCAAUUGCAUUUCGUGAAUCCUGGAGAUAUGGAUGAUAUGGAUUGUACGAUUCCGGCUAGCAAAACAUUGGAUAUUGAGAGGACUCAGGGAUUUGCGUGUGGAAUGUGGGCCGAUUAA